AUGCCAACUUCAAUGCACCCCCAGGCCAAAUUUGACCCGAUCCCUCCAGACCUAGACCUGCACGAACUUGUCGAGAACACUCCCAACCUAAGCUGGGUUGUCCGCAUCACCACAGCCCAAAUCCGCAAUCUUAGCCAGCAGGAGUUUGAGAAUCUCGUCAACAUACAUGUCGUCCAGCAAGGCCGCCCACUAGUAAUCUCAGGAUGGGAUGAGGUUCUACCCAAAAAUCUGUUUGGCUCCGAAUGGCUCGAACGGACCUAUGAUAAGCGACGCGACGACGAAGCGAGCACGGCUCGGGGCGGCGACCUAUUCAGAACCCAGGUCGAAGCCGCGCCCGCGGGCGAUCUCAUGUCAUGUCUGCCGGAGAAAAUGCGCGCAGAGAACCUCAUGUGCUAUAUAGGACACGAGGGGACAUACACACCAGCCCAUCGCGAAAUGUGCGCAAGUUUGGGACAAAACCUCAUGGUCGAGGCUUCGAUCGAUGAUGGUGAAGAAAAGGCCGGGAGCUCGAUAUGGUUCAUGACUGAAACCAAGGAUCGUGAGGUGGUACGCGAGUAUUUUCUCUCUAUGCUUGGUCACGAUAUCGAGAUUGAGAAACACUUUGCGCAGAUCAACGCGUGGAAAAAGGCGACCUUCCCAGUCUAUGUUGUCGAGCAAAAGGCGGGAGAUUUCAUUCUCGUCCCUCCUUGCUGCCCACCAAGUCUGGAACCGUGGCACGCGCACUAUGAAGAAGCCUUGCCCAAGGCGCGGCUGGUGUGUCGAGACGAGCAGUACAAGAACAAGGCCAUCAUUUAUUACGCUCUGAAAAAGUACGCUGCAGAGCUCUCAAAAACGGAAGAAGGAGACGGCAUGGACCUCAUGGGGUUAGACACCGGAUUAAUCCGCUCCUCGCCGAGAACUGAACAGCUCACCCGCGACUUUAAACGGCUAUUUACGCUGUAUUCGAACCUACUCACGGACGAGAUGUUUGCGACCAAGGAGAAGGAUGUCGAAUUCAUUCCCUUUGAUUCCUGCAUCACCUGCUCCUACUGCCGCACCAACAUCUUCAAUAGAUUUCUCACCUGCAAACAUUGCGUACGACUCUUGAUCAACGGCGACGAAGACACGUACGAUGUGUGCAUGGAGUGCUAUGCCAUGGGCCGGUCUUGCCUGUGUGUUUCCGGCCUCCAAUGGUGUGAGCAGUGGAACUGGUCCGAGUUGGCGGAUAAUUAUGAAUCUUGGCGAACCAUGAUAAUUAAGGCGGACGGCUUCCUGGAUCUGGACAAUUCACCGAUGCCCCUCGAAGUGGCACGAAGCCGCAGGCGUAAGAAGGCCCUGGCUCAACUGCAGGUGUGCGCUAACCCGGACUGCUGUGAGGCGUAUUGCUACGGUGUCCUAUACCGAGCUUUUGAUAUGAUGCCCCAAGCUGUGCAGGAGAGCGAGCACUGGGAAUGUCCCAGGUGCUUGGGAAUUUGCAACUGCGGCGCCUGCCGGCGAUCAGGAACCUCUAACCCAUACUACCCCAAAAGCACGUCGCUAGGCCACGACACGCGCCCAAUCGCCGAUGACCGAAGCGUUGAGGUCCUCGUCGAUUUCCGGGUCCACAAUCUAACCUGGCUCAAAGUGAUGGGUGAAGAGAGUCGUAGCAACAAUAGCAAGCGGAUGCAGCGCCUGCGCGAGCAGGCUGACAUGGCCAAGUCGCAGGACCCUACCCUUGACGUGCUCUCUCAGGAGGCUCAAGACGCCUCUGGAUCCCCCUUAUUACCAAUGCCGGAAGCCAACAGUCAGACAGCAGGAGAACACGGGGACAUGGGCAUGGCGUUGCAUGGCGACAUGGAUCUUGAUGGGGAUGGACUACAUGGGUUUCACCGCCACGCCCCGACGUUGCCUGCAGAGCACCCUCUCGCUCUCGUGGAGGCCUCGCUCUUUGAUGACCACGGUGGCCAUGACCCUGACUUGUACCCCGAGCCCUCCAUGGUUGGACCUCAACACUUGAUCGGUCUAGGGUAUUACGAGCAGGACGACAGCCCGGAUAAGAUUCUCUUCGAUCCAUAUCAAAUGCCCACGGCGGAGAGCAUGGAAAUGGAUGAACCUGACAUUCCCGAAUAUCUUAAGAAGACGAUGCGGGCGCAGAAGCGAAAGGCGCGGCAGGAGAACGAGGACCCCGAGUUCAAGAUACGCCCGAGAUAUGAAAAGAAGAAGCCGAAGAAGACGGAGGGAGACUUCCAAUUUAUCGAGGCUUCCAAGGAGGAUACCGACCAUUCCAGCAGCGACAGCGGUUCUGACGAUGAUGAGUUGACAAAGCACAUCACGCGCGGGGCCAAGCCUAGGCAUUCUUACGCCGACACCGACGACUUGGACGAGCUGCUGGAUGACCCCGAAGAUCUGCUGCCAGCAAAUCGCCCCGCAGGAGAAGGUCUUAAGAGGAGAGCGUUACAAGAAGCGCCAACGGAGCCGAAGAAGCGAGGUAGACCUCCUAGGAAAUCGACCCAACAUCCGGCCGUUGACGGUAAUGGGCAGCUUGUCCCCUCAAGACCGCCACGCCGGUCCAGGCUUAGCAACGUGAUCUCCGCCGCGGAGCUUGAGGAGGAGGCCGAGCCUGAAACUGUCGCACCGCAGUCUGUCGGGCCAGUGCAGCAAAACGAGUACGCAACGCUCGACGAGGAAUUACAAAUUCUGGCGGCCGAUCUCGGGAAGGAACUCGAAAGGGAAUCUGAUGACGGGGCGGAGCCGCCUCUAGUCGAAGCAAGCGAGGCGGAUGAGCCUAGCAAUCUGGAAGCCACGACAGUCUCGACCCCCACCGAAGAGGCCCCCGUGAAGCGUAAACGUGGCCGGCCUAAGCGAUCGGAGACGAGCAUUCUCGCUCAGUUCGGGGAUGAGUUGAGAACGCCUAGUAGGCCCUCGGCAUCUGCGUCGACCUCCACGCCCAGAACGGAACCUUUUAAGAGAGCCGGCGAGGUCGCUGUCGCCGGCGGCGAAUUCGCCCCUAUGAAGAUGAUGUCAAUGGCGGAGAGAAUGAGGAUGAAGGGCAGGAAGUUCAAGAUUGGUCAACGUAAGUCGCAGGCAUCUGCCCCGUUGCCUCGACAGACCAGCCCGGCGGCGGUGCCCAUUUCGAAGCCUAGGGCACCCUCCGAAACGGACGGCUCUAUCGAAGGCCGCGACACAGAGGCGCAAAUGUCAGGCUUGGGCAGGGAGCAGGAGGAGGGCGACGACGCCGAGGAAUUGCACAGGCCAGCGCGAGGAAGACCCGAACUCGUCGAGGACGAUUACAGCCCAGUUUCAGAAGGCAGUGUGGCAGGAAAUUCUGGAAACGACGGGGAUUCUGACGUGGAGCCAGCAGAACUUCCUUCUCCACCGAGGAGCAGAUGGACGGUUGCCGGGCGUAGCUCCCGUCCUACAAUUGUUCGUCUAGCGGAUGCGGACGAUAGUGAACUAGAUGAGGAUGAGGAAGACCUUCUUCCGGUGGUAUCCUCGGAGGAUGAUAGCGACGAUGAAAUUCCGGCACGCCGGACCACCAUUCCUAGGGGCGGGGCGAAGCUCGCGGUCGCGGACGUGGACGUGGACGUGGCCGUGGCCGAGGUCGAGGCGUCAAUGUCUCUCGUGGCGGAAGUCGAAGUGAUGGGGUAG